AUGGACACCACCUCCCUCCUCAUCCUCGCCACCCCAUCCAUCAUCGUCCUCCUCUUCCUAUACAUAACCCUCCAGUACCUAACCAUAAAGGAGGUUGUGUCCCUACAUGAGCUCCCCGGACCUCCAGGAGGGUGGUAUGGUCCCGUCGGCCACCUGCCCCAGCUACUCGACCCGGACGUCUCCCCGGAAACGCACGAGCGCUACACGCGUCUCUACGGCCCCACCUUCCAGACCUUCGGCUUCGGUCCCUUAGACAGGAGACUCUUCUCCCUUUCCCCCCCUGUGGUCAAGUACAUACUAGACCACCCUGAGAAGUAUCAGAAAGGCUGGCAGGGGCGGGCGUAUGUCGACCAGGCGAUCGGGGAGGGCGGGCUGGCCAUGGCCGAGGGGACAAUACACAGGGUUAUGAGAAGGUUACUCCAGCCCGUGUUCCGUAAGAAAAACCUCGAUGCCCUCUCCCCUAUCUCUUCCACCAAAGCGCUCGAGCUCUGCCACAUGCUCCACGCCCAUUCCCUCUCCCGCCCGAGCGCGGAGCUCGACAUCCUCCCCCUCCUUACAAGGGCCACGUUUGACGUCAUCGGCCUUGCCGGCUUUGGGCACGCGUUUGACUGCCUUUCCGAUCCAGGGAGGGACCCGCUGUAUCAGGCUUUCCAGGGGCUGUUUAGCUCCAUUAGCGGGUUUACGCUGCGCAUGUGGAUGGGGAUAUAUUUCCCCUGGCUGGACGAACGUUUCCCUGAUCAACGUGUGAAGACGAUACGCGAAAGUAGGGCGCUGAUCGAUAGCACCGUCAAGCACUGGAUCAGAGACCGGCAGGCGGAGAUCGGCGGCGAGAAACCUAACACUCCCACAGUCCAAGAGAUCAUCUCCGCCGCUCCUAAAGCGCCUAUGGUGGACGAACUCGUCAUCGCCCAAGUCAACACCUUCCUCAUGGCCGGGUCCGAGACGACAGCGCUCACGAUCGCCUGGGCACUGUACUACCUCUCCCAGAACGCGGCGGUCCAGUUCUCCCUGCGCGAGGAAUGCAUGUCCGUUAACCCCGAUAUGCCUGGGGCGUUCGUCGAUGGCGUCGAUAGGCUCCCACUGCUGGAAAAGGUCGUACGGGAAACACUGCGCCUCACUCCUGCGGUGCACAGUACGUUCCGCCAAGCGAUGGAAGAUGAUAUCAUCCCCCUCCCCCCUACUCCCAGCAAAGGGGGGGAAACUGCCGGGCGCAGACAAGGCCCGAUAGGGAUAAGCAUCCGGAAGGGGCAGUAUGUGCGUAUCCCCCUCGAGGGGCUGAACACGCUCCAGGAAGUGUGGGGCGAAGAUGCACAUGAAUGGAACCCCGCUAGAUGGGACGCGCUCAUGUUUCCCCCAUCUGGGGAGAAGCUGCGGGAAGAUGGGAAAGGGAGGACGGGGUGGAAGACUUGGGCUGGGUUGAUGAGCUUUUCUGCGGGGCCGAAGGCUUGUAUCGGCAUGCGUUUCGCGUUGAUCGAUCUAAGAGAGUGGGCUAAAGAGAUGACAGGAUCAAGAUAUUCUUGUUCCAUCUGGUGCGGGAGUUUGAAGUCUCGUGUCCGAAACCGAUCGUCAAGCGGAAUGCUUUGUACAGUAGAAACUCUGGAGUUGUGCAAAUGCACCGCUUACCCCCAUGGUGAAUGCCACUCUCGAACAGCUAGCUACACACGCCCAACCUCCUCCCCACCAACCCCAACGACAUACACCUUCAUCCACCCCCCUGUGCCCCGUUCUCCACCAGCCCCGCGCACCUCCGCACCGCUCCCAAAAGCCAAGGCACCGUUCUCCAAACAUCCGGCGUUCGACAACCCCGAUGCAGACCUCAUCCUCCGCACGGGGGAUAAAGUCCUCUUCCGAGUCUUUAGGGUCAUCCUCAUCGAGUCCUCAGACAUCUUUCGUGACUUAUUCGCCAUCCCUCACCCUCCCACCCCACCUAUCACCCCCUCUUCUUCUUCCUCGGCACACCCGAUGAUCCCGGUGCUCGACAUCCCCGAACCCGCACGCUUGCUAAACGACUUCCUCCUAUGUAUCUACCCACUCCCACACCCGAGGUACACGACUCUUGAAGAGCUCAUGCCGAUGUUCGACUUAGCGCGGAAGUACACUUCCCAGAGGGUGGUCGACGUCCUCCGCGGGCAGCUAGUCAACCCCGACCUGAUGCGCAAGACCGUUCCUCUCCGGGUGUACGCACUCGCGUGCAAGGAGGACCUGGAGCAGGAGAAGCGGAUCGCCGCUGCUGCGUGCCUCGAUAUCGAUAUCGACAAGGCUGCGCUGUAUAUGGAGGCGCUCUGGCCUGAAGAGCUGAAGGACUGGAGCGCGCUAGACCUGACUAGGCUCAUAAGGCUGAGGGAUACGAGGUUUGAGCUCGCGGCGGAGCUCGUUAGGGGGUUGGAGGGAAAGGGAGUGUGCUGCGUUGGCUCGUGCAGACAUGAUUUUCAGGCGGACUACUUUCCCGAGUUUCAGGAAGCGGCACUCAUGGAGCUUAGGAAGUGUCCGACGAGCAAAGUCGUGUUUACGGAAUACCUGGCGACGUCUGGGAUGAUUCUGGCGCAUCUUAAGCGGAGGCUGGACAUGCUACCUGAUAACGUUCUCGAGAUCAGCCGGAAUGCUGAUUGCUGA